AUGCUUAUCCCGAACUUAUGCUUCGAGUGGAUCCUUUUGUGGUAUUUGAUAAGCCGAGCUGAGCGAGCAAGGAAGCGGCCCAAGGGGUCCAAGACGGUGCUCCUGGGAUCCUCCAGCAAGUGGCGCAGGGCGAUCUUCGCGCAGCACUUUCCGGAAUGUGGGUCAGACUACCUCAGUCCAGACAUCGAUGAAAAGGCUAUUCGAGCUGAGAAGCCGGAGGAGAUGUGCAUGGCCAUCGCCAGGGCAAAGGCCGACGCCCUCGCUCCGAAAGUAAAGGACAGAGACGUCUUGCUGGUUUGCAUGGACCAGGUGGUCAGUUGCGACGGGCAGAUCAGAGAAAAGCCGGAAACUGAAGCAGAGGCGAGGCAGUUCCUGGAGUCCUACAGGCAAGGCAAGCAUGCCAGCUUCAUCAACGGAAUGGUUGUCCUGAAUGCAGCAACUGGCAGGUGCGCCUCGUCCUUAAACUCAUCAAAGGCAUUCUGGAAAAUGUUUCCGGAUGAGGUCGUAGAUGCCUUGAUCAAGAAGGGCGACUUGUUCACGUGCGCUGGCGGAGUCGUGGUUGAGGAUGAGCUGCUUCAACCGUACCUACGUUGCAUAGAGGGAACGGAAGACUCCGUGCAGGGUCUUCCCCUGAAGCCGUUGCGCAUGCUGCUGGCACGUGCUCAAGCUCCGGCUGUGACACAUGUCAUCUUUGACAUGGAUGGGCUGCUCCUGGACACGGAAAGCUCCUACAGUGUCGCUCAGCAGGAAAUCCUUGACAGGUGGAAUAGGAAGUUCACGUGGGACCUGAAGGCAAAAAUGAUGGGCAAGAAGAUAGAGCAGAGACUUAGCCGACUUAGCCUUGCCAGGGUGACCAGAAGCCAGGCCAAGGCCAUGGAAAGCGGCUUCGAGAUGGAGAGCCACCAGGUGGCUGGGCUGGUACUUCUUGUGCCACUUCUAGUUGCUCUAGCGUUCUAUGCCCGGAGAUCACUUCCGGGCAAGCUGAAGAACAGAGGGAGCUUUGAACAUGAGGAUCCUGCAAACGCGCAGUCCAUGUCAGAGCGGCGGCGUGACUUCUGCCGCAUUGUUGCAACAAAGAGAGACCUUUGGGUCUUCACGGUCGAGGAGCGCCAGCCUGGUCGAUUCCUCCCAAUCGAUUUUCCGCCGGGCAUGAGCCCAGAGACUGGCGACCCAGCUGCGGAGAAGGUCUGCUAUCAGAAGCUCAAAUGGUGGUUGCAGCAAGAACUGGGACGCAUCCCUGGUGCAAUCGAUCUUGGAAUGACAUCGCAGUGGGCGGUGGUGGAUCGAAUCAUGUAUUUCAUCAGCGCCAGCCCCGGCUUUGACUUUGUGAUGCAACACAAAGUCCCCCCGCGGAUUCUGCAGCCGAAGUAUGUUGUGCUCAUUUCGAAGGGUGGACAAGUUCGAGUUGCUUGGUUUGCGUUCGUGAGCAGCAAUCCAGAGCCGGGUGCCACUUCUGGGCCAUUCGUAGUGGCAGACAUUUCGCUAUGCGAACAUGCAUGUGGCGAAAAGGCACUUGAUGCUUGCCAGAUUUGCAUCGACGAGCUGGAGCUGUCGGAUCUGAUCUCGGCCGAAGACUUUCUCGCAGAGCGAGAGAAGAGGCUGGAGGUCCUUUUCGCAAAAGCGGCCCUCAUGCCUGGAGUUGCGCGACUGGUGCGACACCUUCACAGGAGCGGCGUGCCGAUGGCCGUGGCAACGUCCUCCCAUCGUCGCCACUAUGACCUGAAGACCAGUCUGCAUAGAGAACUUUUUGGUCUCAUGCAUCACGUUGUGACGGGGGACCAGGUCAGCAAAUCCAAGCCAGAUCCGCAGAUUUUUAGCCAUGCUGCCAGCCUUUUCGAUGGGAUGCCAGCGGCUGAUACAAUCCUCGUCUUCGAGGACGCCCCGAGCGGUGUAGAGGCAGGUCUUGCUGCAGGGAUGCAGGUCUGUCACGUUCCAGACAUCAAUCUUUCUCGUGACUUGUGUGGACAAGCUCAUUGCGAGCUCCUCUCUUUAGAGGACUUUCGCCCAGAAGAAUGGGGCCUGCCUUCAUUCUGA